AUGGCGGACGGUGAGAUGCCUUCGGGAUGGGAAAAGCGAAUGUCGAGAGGAAACGGGAAAGCAUAUUACUUCAACAACUUCACUGGUCGAAGUCAAUGGGAACGACCCACCGAAGCCGCUGACGGGAAAGGCUCGGAUUUAAAAGAGGUCCAAUGCUUGCAUCUGCUUGUCAAGCACAAUCAAUCUCGUCGGCCGGCAUCUUGGCGGAGUGACAACAUUACAAGAUCGAAAGAAGACGCUCGCAAAAUUCUUACAACAUAUCUCGAGCAAAUCAACGCAAGUGGGGAUAUUGAGGGUGAAUUCCGAAAACUGGCUUCACAAUUUAGUGACUGUUCUUCAGCUAACCGAGGAGGCGAUCUUGGGAAAUUUGGGAGACGAAAAAUGCAGAAACCUUUUGAAGACGCUUCAUUCGCGCUUGAUGUUGGUGAAAUGAGCGAGAUCGUUGACACAGAUUCCGGGCUCCACAUCAUAUUGCGUAUUGCU